AUGUCCUCAUUAGAAGAAUUUUUCAGUGACGAUACAGAUGUUCCUCCCCAUUAUAUUUGUUCUCUCACGGAAACCAUCUUUAUCGAACCUGCAUUGCUGAAUGGUAGAAUCUAUGAAAGAAGUAAAAUAUUGGAGUGGAUUAAAACCAACAAGACUGAUCCCUUCACCCGAGAACAAAUCUCUGCACCCUCUCGUAGUCUCGGAAUUGAAUCCAUGGUUCAUCCGAUCAUGAAAUCCUCUCUUGGAUUAGAUGUAUUUAUGAAAUACAAAGUUGAACAAUUUUUCAAGAAAUUACAAGUAUUGAAUAAGGCUUAUCAUUCAUCACUGGAUAUGAAUACCACAUCCAUUACAACGAGUGCCACCUCAACAGCAGCAUCAACCAAAAUUGGAAGUGAAAUGGCAAAUACCACAGAUCAACAUCCACAAGAUUAUUCCUUCAUGAUGGAAAAAGAUUCUAUUCGUACUGAAAUCAUUUCACAUGUAUUCAAAUUAAUGAUUCGAUUCAUUUCAUCAUGUUUCUUGUAUAUUAAUAAUCACCAUGGAGGAAAUAAUGUUGCCACACCUUUACCAGAUCAUUAUCACAUUGCCAAGAAUGAAUUACCGAAAUAUGUGACACUUUUUGACAAGCAAGAAUUAUUAGAGACAUGUUUAGAAGAAUGCAAACAUUCACAACAUGCAUUUAAUAUCAUUUCAGAGUUUAUUAAUGAAUCAUUUGCAAGAAAUUCUCCAACCACCAAUGAUUCUUCUUCUCCUGCCAUUUCCACACGAAUGAAUCAAAGUCUCUCAAAACCUUCCUCACAAAUUUCACAAAAUAAUAAUAGCAAUGGAAAUAACCAUAGUCAUACCAGUAAUGGAAAUAAUAAUAGUAUUAGUGAACUAGCAUCUUCCGAAAUGAAGAAAAAGAAUCUAGUCUCACUGAUGGAUGCUGUCAAUUUAUCACCCAAUUCAAGUCCAACAUUGAUUCAACAAGCAUUGACUCAUUCAUCUCCUCUCAUUGCCGUGAUGAAUACAAAUCCUGUGAAUUCAUUAUUGAAAGACUCGUCAUCACCCACUCUUUCCACAAAUAAUAUUUGGAUUACCAUACCUCCAAUUGAAACUGGUGUGAAUUCACAUCAUUACACACCAAUGGAUCCAAAUAUAAUAUCUUCCUUGUUUAGUGAUGAAAUUUUCAGUCACAUUCCAAACACAGAUCAAGUCAUGAAUUUAUCAUCACUUCGAUAUUUAAGUCAUUACUUGUACAAAACCAAUCAAACUCUUCACUCCAAUCAAUUGAUCAAAGAAUAUACUGAUUCUCAUGUGAAAUAUACCGUUCUCAAACAAGGAAUAGCCAUGAAAAAGGAUGUGAAAUCCUUCUUUCAAAAUUCCAAAUUGAAAAAGAGACAUAUAUUAUUAGUGAGCUCGAAAUCUAAAUUUAAAGUAUUCAUUUUCAAUGCAGAUGGUAAUAACAAUGAAGUAUUUCAUUCUGAUAUGAAACCAUCUGAAGAAAUGGAAUUAUCCAAUUUGUGUUAUAUUACCAUCAAUGAUCAACCUAAAAAGAAUGUUUCCAUUUUCUCGAGUAAUACUUUGACAUUGAACGAUCGAACUGAAAAGAAAAAGUGGCUUUUUGAAUUUGAGAAUUCUUACGAGAGGGAUGAAUGGUUUUACAUGUUGAAAUAUUGUUUAUUAUUGUGUUAA